CCCAUGGUCAAAGUCAGGCGAUUACUUGCUCUCGCAAAUAUCAAGAACAAGAAUAUUGCGAAGAAUUCAAGAAUGCUGUCAACAACACUUACAUAUUGCAGACUUAGACAUGUUUUGCAUCAAUUUAAGCGGAGCAUUACUCUUUCUACAAAUCCAUUGUUGCAUGGAGAGUACGAAUAUCAAGACCCCAAAUCUGAAGAUGAAGUAGUGAACAUAACAUAUAUAGACAAAAAUGGAACGAGAAUUCCGGUGAAAGGGAAAGUUGGUGAUAAUGUGAUGUACCUGGCUCACAGACACGGGAUAGAAAUGGAAGGAGCGUGUGAGGCGUCUCUGGCUUGUUCCACGUGCCAUACAUACAUUCAUGAAGACUUCUGUGAUAAACUGCCGGAACCAAAGGAAGAGGAAGAAGACAUGCUGGAUAUGGCGCCAUUCCUGAAAGUGAACUCUAGAUUAGGUUGUCAAAUUGUUCUGAACAAGGAGCUUGAAGGGAUAGAAGUCAAGUUGCCACCGGUGACGAGAAAUUUCUACGUCGACGGGCAUGUACCACAACCACACUGAAACCUUAACAAAGGGUAUACACCAGUUUCAGAGAUACCUCAAUCUGGGGCAUAUACCAGUUUCAGUGAUACCUCAACCAAAGGAUAUUUACAAGGUGCAGUGAACAGUUAAGCUUGUAGACUUGCAGAGUACUGCCCUUUGCCACAGAUCAAGUUUGUCUUUCUUGUUAUUAUUCAUGUUUCUAGUCGUUAUAGUCAGGUCAGAGAAUUCUUAUUUUAGAUUUUCAUCCUGGUGUACGAUGUACUUAUGUCGGUAAAACCAAACUAUUUGUUGUAAAGAACCUGGUGGUAAAAUACGGCAAAAAUUAGACUUGAAAUUACAUGUUUCAAAAGCUUUCUUAGUUAAAACCUAAGCUUUUGUCACAACAAAAUUUGGCCUCAGCAUGUAGUGGUAAAAAAUACGGAAAAAUAAAGCAGAACUUUACAUGAUACAAAAGCUUUCUUAGUAAAAGAAUUUUGAAUAAAUCCUGCUCGACAACUUUAUUAUUUAAAGAAUUUGAUGAGAAUCUGAAGAUGAUUUUUCUCUGGCCUUGUAUUAAUGUAAGUUGUGUUCUUUUGCUCUGUCAGUUUGUAAUAGGUACAUACACAUUUGAUACUUAAGUUGAAAUACAAGAGUUCUGUAUAUUUUCUCAUCGUCUUAGUUUUACUCAAAAUCUGGUAAUAGGAUUAUGAAUAAUGGCAUUAGUGUAAAAGGUGUAUUCCAUCAGAUUGGUUUUCACUGGUUCUUAAGCUCAUCUGAUUUUCAAAGGAAAAAAUAGUUCCUGUUGUCAUAGUCUUGGUAGUUUUCUUAAGUGAUGUUGCUGUGAAAAAAUAUUAACUUGAUUGACUCGAUGCCAGUGAUUAUGCACAUAUAUUAUAAGUUCCAUAACUCUGACUCAAAUAAUUGUCCACUAAGAAAUAGAUUAGGGUUGGAGUUCGCUCUUGUUUAAUAAUACAAUGAAAAAUACAGAAGUUAAAAAUAAAUAAAUAACCCUGUUUAGGGUAAGCCUUGCUUGCUUAUGAUCUGAAAGAGUAAUAAUUUAAGUUUGAUUUGUGUCUUAAUUCUCCAUUUUUUUUGCAUUUUGUAUUUAAAUCAUAUUUUGUGCUUCCAUUCAAUCAGCAACUGUGAUAAAUUGAAGACAUAUUUGUAGUAAAUAUUCAUGGGUUUCUAGAAAAUGUUGAUUAUGCAGAGUUGAAAUAAUUUCUUAAACAGAACUACCGGUAUGUUAAUGAAAUUUGUACUUCAGGCACACCAGUGAUAAUAAUCUAAUUAUGAAAAAAGUAACAAUGGGUGGGACAAAAGGAACUUUUAUUCAUUUAUAAGUGCUAAUAGAUCUCAUGGUGGACUUAAUUUCAUUAAAAAAUACUGAAUGGAAAACUGCUACAAAGUUCAAGAUUUUAAAAAGAUCUUAAGCUUGCUUUGAUUAACCAAAACAUGAUUGCAGUUAUGUUGUUUAUUUUGUCAGGUUCUAGAUAAACAUUUGAAAGAAAACUGAAACUUCAGUCCACAUACUUGUAACAAGUGGAAAUGAAGAAAAAAUGUUUAUAAGCUCAUGUGUUUUCUUUGAAGAAUAAAACGUCAAUGUAU